AUGGCCCUGAGCUACCCCAUGGCCCUGGGCCUCAACAAAGGCCACAAGGUAACGAAAAACCGAAAAACCGUCAGCAAGCCGAGACACAGCAGGAGCUGCGGGCGCCUCACCAAGCACACCAAGUUCGUGUGGGACAUGAUCCAGGAGGUGUGCGGCUUCAUGCCCUACGAGCCGCGUGCCAUAGAGCUGCUCAAAAUGUUCAAGGACAAGUGUACACUCAAGUUUAUCGGGAAGAGGGUGGGCACGCACAUCCGCGCCAAGAGAAAGCAGGAGGAGCUGAGCAACGUGCUGGCAGCUAUGCAGAAGGCAGCGGCCAAGAAGGAUUAA